GUCCACAGCGCGCAGGAGGCAAGAGGGAGUCCCGGACCGUCCCGCAGGGAUUGGGAGUCGCAGGAAGGAAGCAGCCUGGAAAGGAAACAGGAAGAUUUUGGAAAAGCUCUUCACAAUUUAGAAAGCACAGUACAGAUGCUUGAUGCCAUUGUUAGGAGCUGCUUCCUUAGGGUGUGUUGGGAAGGUUUGGCUGAUUCAGCUCCUCGUCUAUAUAAACGAUUGUUAGUGCUCUGCCUCUGAGCACACGGACUCUGAGAUCGAAGACCUCGGUUGAACUGAAUCUCUGUUAAGCUGAAAAGGCCAAAACUCUCCAGAUGUCUUCCAAUAAUGAUCAAGUUUUUAUCCCAAUGUCACGAAGAAACACCAGUGACCUCUCCAGGAUGACCUCCAACAACCCGAAGACAUUUACUGAAGUAGCCGUGUUAAGUUUUCAUAACAUUUGCUAUCGAGUAAAAGUGAAGAGUGGCUUUCUUCUCGGUCGAAAAACAGUUGAGAAAGAAAUCCUGACAAAUGUCAAUGGCAUCAUGAGACCUGGCCUCAAUGCCAUUCUGGGACCCACAGGUGGCGGCAAAUCUUCGUUGUUAGAUAUCUUAGCUGCAAGGAAAGAUCCGAAUGGAUUAUCUGGAGAUGUUUUGAUAAAUGGAGCACCUCGACCUGCCAAUUUCAAAUGUAAUUCAGGUUAUGUGGUACAAGAUGAUGUCGUGAUGGGAACUCUGACAGUGAGAGAAAAUUUACAGUUCUCAGCAGCUCUCCGGCUUCCAACAACUAUGACGAGUCAUGAAAAAAAUGAGCAAAUUAACAAGGUCAUUCAGCAGUUAGGUCUGGAUAAAGUGGCAGAUUCCAAGGUUGGAACUCAAUUUAUACGUGGUGUGUCUGGAGGAGAAAGAAAAAGGACUAGUAUUGGCAUGGAGCUUAUCACCGAUCCAGCCAUCUUAUUCCUGGAUGAGCCCACAACUGGCUUAGACUCAAGCACGGCAAACGCUGUUCUUUUGCUCCUGAAGAGGAUGUCUGAACAGGGACGAACAAUCAUCUUCUCCAUUCAUCAGCCUCGUUAUUCUAUCUUCAAGUUGUUUGAUAGCCUCACCUUGUUGGCCUCAGGAAGACUAAUGUUCCAUGGGCCUGCCCAGGAGGCCUUGGGGUACUUUGCAUCAGUAGGUUACCACUGUGAGCCUUAUAAUAACCCCGCAGACUUCUUCCUGGAUGUCAUUAAUGGAGACUCCUCUGCUGUGAUAUUAAACAGAGAGGACCAAGAUGUCAAGGAGACUGAAGAGCCUUCCAAGAGAGGAUCUCCACUCAUAGAAAAAAUAGCUGAGUUUUAUGGCAACUCUGACUUUUGCAGAAAAACGAAAGAUGAGUUAGAUCGACUCAUAAAGGGUCAUAAAAGGAAGAGCUCAACCUUUAAGGAGAUCACCUAUGCCACCUCCUUCUGUCAUCAACUCAGAUGGAUUUCUAAGCGUUCAUUCAAAAACUUACUGGGCAAUCCCCAGGCCUCUAUAGCUCAGAUAAUUGUAACAGUCAUCCUGGGAUUCGUUAUUGGUGCUAUUUUCUAUGAUCUAAAAAAUGAUCCUACAGGAAUCCAGAAUAGAUCAGGAGUGCUCUUCUUCCUGACGACCAACCAGUGUUUCAGCAGUGUGUCAGCUGUGGAGCUCUUUGUGGUCGAAAAGAAGCUCUUUAUACAUGAAUAUAUCAGUGGAUACUACAGAGUGUCAUCUUAUUUCUUUGGAAAACUGUUAUCUGAUUUAUUACCCAUGAGGAUGUUACCAAGUAUUAUAUUUACUUGUAUAAUAUACUUCUUGUUAGGCUUGAAACCAGUUGUGGAGGCCUUCUUCAUCAUGAUGUUUACCCUUAUGAUGGUGGCUUAUUCGGCCAGUUCUAUGGCACUGGCCAUAGCAGCAGGCCAGAGUGUGGUAUCCGUAGCAACACUUCUCAUGACCAUCUCCUUUGUGUUUAUGAUGAUAUUUUCAGGGCUGUUGGUAAAUCUCAGAACUGUUGGGCCUUGGCUCUCCUGGCUUCAGUACUUCAGCAUUCCUCGAUAUGGCUUUGAGGCUUUGCAGCAUAAUGAAUUUUUGGGACAAAACUUCUGCCCAGGAGUCAAUGUAACAGCGAAUAAUACCUGUAGCUAUGCGAUAUGUACUGGCGAAGACUUUUUGCUAAACCAGGGCAUCGAUCUCUCCCCUUGGGGCCUGUGGAAGAAUCACGUAGCCUUGGCAUGUAUGAUUGUUAUCUUCCUUAUAAUUGCCUACCUAAAAUUGUUAUUACUUAAAAAAUAUUCUUAAAUUCCUCUUUAAUUUACAUGAUUGAUCCACACAUUAAAAAGGGAGGAUCUUGAUUUA